UAUGCUACCACCAAUAUUUAACAAAACAAACUCAAGUCACACACAACAAAACACUACGCAAAACAACCAUAUAUAUGGCAGAAGAAAACACUCCUGUUCUCUCCCUGAAUGUAGAACCUUCUGUAACUGACGAAAUUACAACAAACAAUAAUGUAACAAACACAAUUACAGAGCUUACAGUAGAAGAAGUGAUUGAAAAUUAUGUGGGUUCAUUCGGAUACUUGCAAAUAAUCCAAGCUUUUUUGGUGUCAUUGGCAUGGAUGUUUGAUGCUCAGAGUACUCUGGUCACCAUCUUCAGUGACGCCGAACCCGAAAGAUGGAGAUGCAAGCCAAAUCAUACGUGUAAUGGGUUGCAAAGUGGUAAGGGAAUAUCAGUAUGUGGGCUUGAACAAGAUAGUUGGGUAUGGGAAGGUGGAAAACAUAGUACAAUAUUAGCUGAAUGGGGACUUGUUUGCAACCAUAAGUUUCUUGCUUCUCUUCCUGCUUCUUGCUUCUUCCUUGGCUCUCUCAUAGGUUCAGCAAUAUAUGGACGUUUAGCUGAUUCAUUCCUUGGAAGAAAGAAGACCUUAAUACUAGCAUGCUUGCUAACCGCCAUCACUGCACUCCUUACCUCUUUCUCACCAAACAUAUGGACUUACGCUGUUCUUCGUUUCUUCAAUGGCUUAACUCGGUCCGGAAUCGGAAUCUGUUGUCUAGUCCUUGCAACCGAAGUUGUUGGUCGAAAAUGGCGAGGUCAAGUUGGUCAAUAUGGUUUUCUCUUCUUUACUCUAGGGUUCCUCUCCCUUCCUCUUAUAGCAUUCUACACUAAAUCUUGUUGGAGAUCUCUUUACCGGGUUCUUUCGAUCGUUGUCUUUGUCUACUCCAUUGUUGUACUCCCUUUUGUCUUAGAAUCUCCUCGUUGGCUUCUUAUACGAGGGAGGAAAACGGAAGCUCACUCAAUUUUAACCAAGCUAGCUACUCGAAAUGGGAGAAUUCUUCCUGCUAACAUUCAACUAACAGACUCGUGUUUUUCGAAGAAUGAUCCUAGCAAGAAUAUGAGCCUGUGGGAGUGUAAAUGGGCAAGGAUAAGGAUGAUGAAGGCAAUGAUAGCAGGUUUUGGGGUUGGAUUUGUGUAUUAUGCAGUUCAAUUGAACGUCGAAAACUUGAAUUUUUCCAAGUAUCUGAGUGUUGCCAUCAAUGCAUUAUUGGAGAUUCCUGCUGUCUUUAUAGGGGGGUUCCUUCUAGUUUUUAUGAAACGCCGCCUGCUGCUUUCGGUUUCAUGUUUUGUUGCAGGGGGCUCAUGCUUACUUUGCAUCAUCUUCACCGACGGCAAUGGAGGGACUAUAGGGAAUUGGAUACAACUAGGGAUUGAAGGUAUUGGAUUCAUGGCUGCUUCGGUUGCUUUCGAUAUUAUGUUUGUGUACUGCAUUGAGCUAUUUCCAACAAAUGUGAGGAACUUUGCUGUUUCACUGAUGCGUCAAGCGUUAGUACUAGGGGGUGCGGUGGCGCCUUUGUUGGUGGUUCUUGGGCGAUUAAGCGCUAUGUUUUCAUUUAUGGUGAUUGGGGGAUUAUCAAUUCUAAGUGGAUUAGUGAGCUUGUGGCUUCCAGAAACUAAAAGUACUCCUCUUUUUGACACUUUGGAGCAACAAGAAAAGGAAGAGAAGUUACAUAGUCAAGAAAUAAGUUCAUAAGAUAAACCUAAUGUGAGUGUUGUACUAAUUAAUGGCUUAUGAUAGUGCGCCAGAGAUAUGUAUCAAAGUAUAUUAUGAUCUUAUAUAAGGAAGGAAUAUUUUGUUGUUGGGCAAAUAUCCUUGAGUCAAACUAUCUAACUAAUCACUAACCUAAAUAUAUUGAUAAGUUAGUUAAGGGUAUUCUUCUACAGGGAGUAAGGAGAAUCACCGACAAGUGUUAUUUGUAAUAAGUUACGCCGAAUUGAGGAUUAAAGAACGAAAAAUAUA